UCUCAACAAAAACAACGACAGCUUUCAUCAUCAUCAGUAAUCUCCAAUGGGACGAAAAAGAGUUAGAGAAAGGGUUUAUGGUCCUGAUGGAAGUGCUUUUUUCAACUGUGAAAAAUGUGGAGUUUCUGUUGCUAUUUCAUUGGCUGAUAUGCAUCAUUGUGAAUCCAAUAAAAUCCAUUAUAGGAUUCUCCAACCACCACCAGCUCCUCAGUUCUUCGAUCACCCGCGUUCCCCUUACCGUAUUUUUAUGGAAACCUUUACGAGAGGUAAAGAGAGGGAAAGUUAUCUUGAAAUUGAGAGAUUAGGGUUUGAAAAGUGGCAAAAUAUGUCCGAGGAGGACAAGUUACGAUUUGUCUCUUGUGCUGAAUUAUUGGACUCUUGUCACCGAAGAGAAUUGAAACGCGAAGCUAAUCAGAUUAUAGAGAUAAACUAUGGAGCUACGUCACCAUUGGUUGAGAUUCUUAACAAGCAGCCUCAAGAAACUUUAGAGAAACCUCAGAAGACUUGAAAACAUGAGUUUUUAUAUGCGUAAGUUUGACUUUUUAUUAAAAGUUGUGUUGAAUGAGAGUAAUCUAUUAA